CACUUCUGCCUCUUGCUGGGCAUCUCCCUGGCUGCCCUCCUGGGCAACAGCCUCAUCAUCAGCGCCGUAGCCUGCAGCCACCACCUGCACACGCCCAUGUUCUUCUUCCUGCUCAACCUGGCCCUCAGCGACCUGGGCUCCAUCUGCACCACUGUCCCCAAAGCCAUGCACAAUUCCCUCUGGGACACCAGGGACAUCUCCUACUCAGGAUGUGCUGCACAGGUCUUUUUCUUUAUCUUCUUCAUUGCAACAGAAUUUUCCCUCCUGACCGUCAUGUGCUACGACCGCUACGUGUCCAUCUGCAAACCCCUG